UACCGGCUCAGACCUACCGGCUCGAGUGGCGGCGCGAGCGGCGGUGAAAUGUCUGCUCCGGGACUGUACCAGGCGACCGCUGGGCCUUCGUCAGUGCCCACCGCACCCCCGUCCUAUGAAGAGACGGUGGCCAUUAGCAAUUACUUCCCCACGCCUCCUGCUCCCGUGCCUGGGCCAACCACAGGGCUCGUGACUGGCCCCGAUGGGAAGGGCAUGAACCCUCCUGCGUACUACACCCAGCCGGUGCCUGUCCCCAACGCCAAUGCAAUUGCUGUGCAGACGGUCUACGUGCAGCAGCCAGUCGCCUUCUUCGACCGCCCAGUCCAGAUGUGUUGUCCUUCCUGCAACAAGAUGAUUGUGACCCAGCUGUCCUAUAAUGCCGGUGCCCUCACCUGGCUCUCCUGUGGGAGCCUGUGCCUGCUCGGGUGCAUAGCAGGCUGCUGCUUCAUCCCUUUCUGUGUGGACGCCCUGCAGGAUGUGGACCAUUACUGUCCUAACUGCAAAGCUCUCCUGGGCACCUACAAGCGUUUGUAGGACCUGGCCAGACCUGACGGGAGCCGCGUGUGGCAGGGGGUCCUUCCCGACUCUCGGCCAGCCCCAGCCCUGGUGGAGGUUCCACCUUGGUGGUCUCAUCUCUCCAGGGCCUCCACCUUUGUGUCUUCUUUUGGGGGAAAAAUAUUGCAAAAGUAACACACUUCCAAACCCCAGAAACUGCUGCUUGGAGCCGUGCACAGGACAUGCAGAGACAUUCACCUUGAGUGCUGGGUCAAGGGUUUCCCGCCUGCCGGCCACCCCACGUCAUCCCGUGUAACUGUGAUCAUUGCCCUGUCUGAAUAUCUUCUGGUGAUUUGCCUUGCCAGCUUCUUUUCUUGCCUCCGUGGGCCUUCCCGGUGGCGGGCUCAAACUGAGAAGCCACAGGUUGCCUUACGUGUGAGACUGCUCUGGCCUGAAUGCGGCCCAGCCAGACGUUAGAGUCCCCAUCGUGUCCGUCUGUCCUCACGUCUGAUGACAAAAGGCUUGCCUUAAGGCCGUGGCACUCAGGUUCUGUAACUGCAGGCUUGUCACAAGCACGAAAACUCACUUUAAUUUCUUAAUUCUUUAAGUCCAUGGAGGGACUACUCACCCCCGCCCCCCAGACACACAUCCGUGGGGUCAUAAACGAUGCUAGACAUCCGGGGCUCGGUCUCCUCACUGACCUGUCUUCCCUCAGCUCUCUGUGCCAGACCCUUGGCCGCUUUCCAUGAAGGGCUUUUUCUCGUGGAGAAAUUAUUUGUAUUAACAGUUUUUAAUGACCUUUUGGUCUUAAACACCUUUGAACAUAAUUUUGAAAGAUGGCAUUUAUAGAACUGUUUUCUGUAACUGUAUAAUUGGUAUCAUUUUCCCAUUUGCCAGGGCACUCUCAUAUAUAUAUAUAUAUAUAUCUGUUUAUUUUUUUCCCCUUAACAGAAACAGUCAUAUGUAAUUGCACCCACUGCCUUUACCUGGGUUAAUGUUGUUCUUGAAAACCUCUGUAACAGAACUCAGAAAGUGGGAUCCUUUUUGGGUUCCUGGUGGUGAGUUUGGACAGGAAGAAAAGCACGUGUGAGCCCAUCCGGGUACCAUGGUGCUGAAAAGCUCGGGGGCCGGAACUGUUUCAAGGGCAUCUAAAGUCUGAUUGUAUUUUUCGGAAAUAUAAUUUGUUGUAUAACAUCAGAAGACAUGAUUUCUAGGACUCAAGCAGCAAGCCAGAGUUCUUGGGUUGCUGCCGUGUCAUCUUUGAAAUCAAGACAAAGCUGGGCUUGCCUUCCGAGAGUCCCCAUUUUGAUGAUAAAUAGGCACAGGGAAUGCAUGUGAAUAAUAUUAUGUAGAAGUCAAGCCUAGGCCUUGAACAAAAAUCUGUAUAUUGGCUGAAAAUUAGAGUCAUAAGCAUUGAUUCAGCUUAUUCAUUUGAUAUUUUGAACUUCCAGUAAUUAUUUUUUUGCAACGAAUACGGAUACUACAUCGUACUUUGGUGUUUAUCUGCUUUAAAAAAAUAAAGUCUUUGGUUCA